CCAGGACCCGCCGCCGGCUGCUGGGUUCCCGAAGCCCCCCUCAGGAUCCCCUUGGCCAGGAUGGAACUGAAGGCUGAGGAGGAAGAGGUGGGUGGCGUCCAGCCGGUGAGCAUCCAGGCCUUCGCCAGCAGCUCCACGCUGCACGGCCUGGCCCACAUCUUUUCCUAUGAGCGGCUGUCACUAAAGCGGGCGCUCUGGGCCCUGUGCUUCCUGGGCUCUCUGGCUGUGCUGCUGUGUGUGUGCACCGAGCGUGUGCAGUACUACUUCAACUACCACCACGUCACCAAGCUUGAUGAGGUGGCUGCCUCCCAGCUCACCUUCCCUGCCGUCACGCUGUGCAACCUCAACGAGUUCCGUUUUAGCCAAGUCUCCAAGAAUGAUCUGUAUCAUGCCGGGGAGCUCCUGGCCCUGCUCAACAACAGGUAUGAGAUACCGGACACACAGAUGGCAGAUGAAAAGCAGCUGGAGAUACUGCAGGACAAGGCCAACUUCCGCAGCUUCAAGCCCAAGCCCUUCAACAUGCGCGAGUUCUAUGACCGCGCGGGGCAUGACAUUCGAGACAUGCUGCUCUCCUGCCAAUUCCGGGGGGAGGUCUGCAGUGCAGAAGACUUCAAGGUGGUCUUCACGCGGUAUGGAAAGUGCUACACGUUCAACUCUGGCCGAGAUGGACGUCCACUGCUGAAGACCAUGAAGGGUGGGACGGGCAAUGGGCUGGAGAUCAUGCUAGACAUCCAGCAGGAUGAGUACCUGCCUGUAUGGGGAGAGACUGACGAGACAUCCUUCGAAGCGGGCAUCAAAGUGCAGAUCCACAGUCAGGAUGAACCUCCCUUCAUCGACCAGCUGGGCUUUGGUGUGGCCCCAGGGUUCCAGACCUUUGUGGCCUGCCAGGAGCAGCGGCUCAUCUACCUGCCCCCGCCCUGGGGUACCUGCAAAGCUGUUACCAUGGACUCGGAUUUCUUCGACUCCUACAGCAUUACUGCCUGCCGCAUCGACUGUGAGACCCGCUACCUGGUAGAGAACUGUAACUGCCGUAUGGUGCACAUGCCAGGGGAUGCCCCAUACUGCACUCCAGAGCAGUACAAGGAGUGUGCGGAUCCUGCUCUGGACUUCCUGGUGGAGAAGGACCAGGAGUACUGUGUGUGUGAAAUGCCCUGCAACCUGACCCGCUAUGGCAAGGAGCUGUCCAUGGUCAAGAUCCCCAGCAAAGCGUCAGCCAAGUACCUGGCCAAGAAGUUCAACAAAUCUGAGCAGUACAUAGGGGAGAACAUCCUGGUGCUGGACAUUUUCUUUGAAGUCCUCAACUAUGAGACCAUUGAACAGAAGAAGGCCUAUGAGAUUGCAGGGCUCCUGGGUGACAUUGGGGGCCAGAUGGGGCUGUUCAUCGGGGCCAGCAUCCUCACGGUGCUGGAACUCUUUGACUAUGCCUACGAGGUCAUUAAGCACAAGUUGUGCAGACGAGGGAAGUGCCAGAAGGAGGCCAAAAGGAGCAGCGCAGACAAGGGCGUUGCCCUCAGCCUGGAUGACGUCAAAAGACACAACCCGUGUGAGAGCUUGCGGGGCCAUCCUGCCGGGAUGACGUAUGCUGCCAACAUCCUACCUCACCAUCCGGCCCGAGGCACUUUUGAGGACUUCACCUGCUGAGCCCCUGCAGGCCGCUGUACCAAAGGCCUAGAUGGGGAGAGCUAGGAGAGCAAGGGGGCCCCCCGGUGCCCCCCACAUCUGCCCUGGGGAACCACUCCCCCUCCCAAGGCAGCCCCCAACUCCUGGGCAGUCCUUUCCUCUUGU